UUUCUCAGCUCCAAAAUGGGAGGCUACUUGAAAGGGAGAAUAAUUCAAUUCAACAUGCACGGAUGGCAAAACGUGAACGAAAACAAAAUGUCGGGCAUACAGGUUUGCCUAGCAGGGCUCAUAAUUAGAGACCAUUUUGGCGAAAAUGUUGAGAGGAUUAUUAUUUACCUUCUUCAUAAAGGUCGUAGAAAUUUAAAAGAUAUUGUUCUAGGUACAAACAUGGAGAGAAAUAUGGUAAAACAGUGUCUUAGUAUUGGUAUCAAACAUAAACUGAUCACUUUUGAGGAGAAUAAAAAGAUGCCCACUACAUACAAAGCAGAUGUAGAUGUCAUUCUUUUGAGAUCACGGUUUUCAAAGUUUGUUUAUAAUGCGAAGAUUUUGUAUGGGGAUGCCGCGGAAUUGAUAGUGGAAACAAUGUUAAUGGAUGGUGCAGAAAUUCUUAGUAAAGUUGUAUCAAAAGUUGCUGAAAGACUGUUGUCCGAUAAUGAGCAGGCAGGGAAGAAACCAGAUACAAAUUUAGUUUAUCAAAAAUGCGUUGAACUGAUAAAAGGCCGUUUUUUAAAAAGACUAGCAUUGCCACGCGAUUCAAAUGAAAGCUCUGAAGAUGAAGAAAGAAGGCAGAUAAUAACUGAAACAGAAGCCUAUUCUGUUCCUCCCGGUAUUUUACUAAGUAUUGGCUCAAAAAGGAAGGAAACUAAAGAUGCUGCAGACGAGCCUCCAUCCAAAAAACACAAAUCAGAAUCGAGCGAAAUUGAAAGUAUGGGAAAUGAAAAAUAUCCUGACGAUGGAAUAUAUUGGCAUGUGAAUUUUGAACGAUUCCACCAGCACAUGUUCGAUCAGCUUCUCCAAUCAGCCAUUGCAGAAAAAAUAGACCAGAGUGCAGGUUCAGUUAUUAGAACAAUGUUAAAGGAAUCAGAAAUGGAUAGAAAUUUAUCGGCAGACUCGACAAAAAGUUUUCCUGUUUAUGAGAUCGAAAGAAAGCUCCCAGCAUUGCCCGUGAUGACGCAACAGGAGCUGUCACAGUAUUUACAACUGUUGUCCGAUAAGAAGCGGGGUGGAUUUGUUACAAAGACUGACGACAGUGGAGGCGGCACUUACUGUGUUGAUUUGAAAAAGAGUGUUGACACCCUGUGUCAAUACACGAUUGAAACAGUGGUGCAAGAAAGACUUGGAAGCAAAGCUUGUAGAAUAUUUCGUCUGCUACUCAUGAAGAAGAACUUGGAACAGAAGCAAAUUGAAGAGCUUGCAAUGAUUCCUUUCAAAGAAACGAAAGAACUGCUGUAUAAAAUGUUUCAAGAGAAACUGGUUUGCCUUCAGGAACUUUCCAAAAACAAUGAUUAUGCUCCUUCGCGGACGUUCUAUUUGUUUUCUGUUGACUUACCGCAAGUUGCUAGACUUCUUCUCAACAGAUCCUACCAGGCAAUUUCAAAUUUGAUCGUGAAGAGAGAAAGUCUGAUGGCAGAAAACAAGCGUUUAUUAGAGAAAAAUGAAAGGAUUGAGAGAAUUUUGUCAGCCAUUGGUCAAAAUGAAGAAAAUCAGGACGCAAUUCUUGAAGAACUGGACGAGUUAAUUGCACCCGCCGAAAAAGAACAGUUGAAAAAACUGAAAAUUGACUUUGCAAGGCUUGAGCAUGGUGAAAUACAAGUCGAUGAGACAAUUCAGAUUUUGAGUCAGUACCUUAUGUUCCACUAAACGUGGGGCUGGCAAAUGGGAAACAGAGACAAGGACCGAAGCUCGUGUGUCUAAUCCAAGACAGACCAAUUUAUGUGCUAGAUUUUUGGUACACGUGUCAUCGAAUAUUCUUUGAUACACUAGAAAAUUAAGUUUGUACACUUGAACAGAAGCCUGUGUAAAUGUUCAUUUUCUAGUCCGUUUUAAACUUUGAUGAUGUUUUUUUGCUUAUUCGCAAAGUUGAUGGCCAAGACUGAUCUCAGUAUUCGCCAGUUUAAGGCCAUUCUCAUGCGGUACGCUCUGGGUGAGAUAAAAUUGCCUUGUAGCGCGUCGGGUUACAUUGGGAUUCUUGUGAACGCAUGAUGUUGUAUUGAAAUUACCCCCAAUAAAUUAGAGAUGUUAUUCCUGUUCCUUUAAGAUCUGUUGGAAACAUGAGAAACUCUCCCCGUGAUCACCCUUUCGUCUUCAUCGCCAAAUUCACAAACGCUGUUCAGCUUUGGAACGCUUCACCCACUUCUUUCUUCGAAGAUUGUUAUCACCUUCCUUCUUUCAGAAAUUAAAUAGAUAUCUUGAUCUUUAAUAUGAUUGGUUAUUUGCAUAUAUGGUUCUUGACAGGGAAACCAUUUAGCAACCAUCAUGUAGCAGUUGAUAGGCUAAUUUGCUUCAUUUCAGCGAAUGUCUGAAAUUUCUAGAAUCUUAGGUCAAUAUCAAACAUGGAACCUGCCGUGUGCUGUAGCUCAUAGUCGACUGUAGCAAGCAUCACCACACGUGCUGAGGAGAUCGAAUCAAUUACUGAAUCAAAUUUCGAACUAAAUAAGUCGAACCAAUUAUACUACCUGAAGUACUGGAAACUGACGCGGUUUUCAGUGCAACUCCUUGUAUCAAAAUGGCACCUCCAUGCACUGAUUCAACAAAACAUUUAUUAUUAAGAACAUUUUAGAACGAAAUAAUAAAUUGAGAUUGUUUGACUUCCUUGCAAUAGCCAUGUCAAGAAGAAGGCAAUUGAUUCUAGCUUGCUGCCUUCUAGUCAUUCAACUCAAACAAACCCAAACGUUUCAUCCACAGCAAUAAUUAACUACUUUAUUUUUAUUUAAUACAUGAACCACAAAGAACAAUUAUUUUUUUACAAAAAGGAAAACUACAUACAGUAGGUAGCUGGAUAUUUUAUUUUUUUUGCUGUCGGACAUAUGAAAAGAACUCCCAAGGAGCUAUCUAGGUCAUAUGCCCGAUUUGACGUGUAUAGGUGAUGAAAUAAAGGCUAAGAACACUUUGAUAGCGAUUAAAAGAGAAGAAUGUGAAUGAAAAAUAAAAAGGAAAGAAUAUCUAAUAAUAUUUGGUUGGUUUAAUAAGAGAUGUAAUUUGGUUAUACUAAAAACACAAUAGUGAGGUGCAUGGUUGUAAUAUAUGUUACUGGCUUCGCAGAAUAGAAAGGAAAAUAUUCUUUUAUGUAGAAGGUUACCAUGGAACUGUUGUUUGUGGGGUCGUUUUUGGGACAAUAAUUCGGAUGAGAGGCUCAAAAAGACAAUUUGUGAAUCUUACAAGAACAAUUUUUUUUGUCGAAUUCCUCGCAAACUAGAACAUGAAUCCAUACCCGAAGACCUAAUCCUACCCGAGAUCGGGCUAUGCUUGUACUGCAUAGGCCGCGGUGAUUACUGUGCCAUCAUCGAAGAAAUGGCCAGGCUUGGUCAGUCGUGUGUGUCGACCAUUGUCAAAUAUGUAACCGAAGCACUAGUUUCGUGCAUGUGGAACGGGUGCCUGACUACAUACAUGCCAAAAUAACCAUAUGGCUUCAAAAGUAAAGUCUUGGACCGCGAGGGGUUCUAGUAAUUUUCCUUCAAAGGGGUAUUGCCAAAUCCCCACUUAGUUUCCAGACGGGGGGAGCGGGGGGACCUUCAAGGAAAAUCCACACCAUGAAGUACAAAGUGGUGAUUUUGCGCUCAAGCUCAAUCAAAUGGAAAACAUGUUACUUUUCCUCCUCUUGUUUCCGUUGAUUGUGGAGGGUGCAUAUGGCCAAGUAAAAGGACGUUGGCAGUAUCUUAUGAAAAAUCUGGAAACUAGUCCGAACGAAGCAGAAACUGCAACACUAGCUUGCAUGGUUCUCUACAAUUCAUGUGUAAAUAUUGUUUGCACUCUCCCUGGGUGCAGAUGAUGGAUUUCUAACCGAGGAUCACUCCCUGACAUCAUCAUGAAAUCAUACUGUAUAUUUCACGCGAAAUAUUAAAAUAUCCCUCAUGAUUAUUUUUACGUCAGAAUAAAAUCUUUUAGGAUUCGCGCAUGGCUGCUUUUCUUGGUUGAUAAUAUUGCAUAGCACAUUCUAUAUUAUGUCGAUAUUACAAAAGAAAUAUGAUGCCAUAUCUAACAAUAUUUGAUCCAGAUUUUUGAACCAGCUUCAGCUCAUCUCAUCCAUUAAUUAGUUUAGUAUUUUAAGUGAGCUGGAAAUAUGAAUCUUUAAAGCUGUUUUUGUACUGCUUAUCUUUUGAGAUUUUUGUAGAAAACCCCUUCAACCACAUUCGUUACUCUAAAAUUAAUACACUUCUCUUUAUUUCUACCU